UUAUCAUCCAAACAUCGAAAUCUACGUCGUAGUUCGUAGGAUAAUGAUAAAAGAAACCUGAUCAUGACUCACGUUACAUCGCAGAUUGUUAUUACUGCUUAUUAUUUCGUAUUUGAGUAAAUUUACCCACCUCUCAUUACGUACCUUAUACCUACCUAUGUAGUUCUGAGUUCAUUCCUUUGUCUGUCCAAGAGCACUUUGCCGGUUGACGCCGUUAACAGUGUUUAAAAGUUAAAUAUUUGCACUGUACAUCCGAUUUGAACUGAAAUACUCUUAACUGAAAAUUGGUGUUUUCAAAUAUGGAUCAGAAAGUUGAUCAAAAUAGACUUGAAGAACAAGUCAAAAAGUUACUAGCUGAAAAAGAGUUGCUUCAAAAGCAAGUUAACGUGCUCAAUGAGUGUUUAUCUAUCGAUGAGUUGAAGGCUAAAAUAUCUGAUCUUGAAGUUAAAAAAAAAUCGUUGUUGUCGUUUGAAAAUGUAAUAGUACAACUUCGAGCUGAAGUUGAACCAUUGAACUACUUAAAGGCACUUUUAAAUGACAAAUUGGCAAAGGCAAAUAAAGGUCCUACUGAAUUAACAAAGGCGGUUUUACAAUAUGCUGAAUCGUUAGAAUUUAACGAUAAUUUAUCUAAAGAAGAAAUAAUAUUAUCAAGAUGUAGUGGCCAUGAUGAACUUGAGAAGCCUGGAAGUGUUAAUAGCUUACCUGUCACACCUAAUUCUACUAAUACGCUAAAAGGGAAUGAAGAAAGCUUAGACGGGAGCAUUCAGCUUUUGGAUCAAUACGAUGUAGUCACUGAAGAAGAUAUGUUCAACUUUUUUUCUGAGGAAAAUGCUUCAAAAGCUGAAACUACAGUUUUUGUACAAAAUUCUAAUGUGAUAUCAAGCACUGACUCUCAUAACUCACAUUUGGAAGAAGAAAAUUCAAAAAUCCCUAUUGAAUGUAGCAAACCGAGUACAUCUAAUUUUCAAAAUAUACCAUGUGCAGAAUUAAAUAAUCAGUCGCUACAAUUAUCUAAACAAAAAGAAGAUUCCACUUCAACACAGAUCAUUAACGAUGAAACAUUUGAAGAACAAUUAAGCAGUCAAGCGGGAUCUGAUACAAGUAAUGACAAAAAAGCCCACAUCGAAACAUUUAAUUUAAUAGAGUGGACCAAUAACUUGAACUACAUGGAUCUCAAACUUGACAUUUUACGUGGAAUUUACUCGCUGGGUUCUUUGAAUCCGACUAGCUUACAGCAAAAUUUCAUUCAACACUGCAUUAAAGGCCAAGAUAUUAUAAUAUAUUUUAAAGCCAAUCGCGAGUGGCAAGCGAUAAUGUCCAUUCCUGUACUUCAACGUGUCAUCACAGAGCUGAAAGAGUGCCAAGCUCUUAUUUUAGUUCCCACUAGGGAAAUUGCUGUACAAAUUGAAAAGGUCAUAAAUGAUUUAAGCGAGUUUAUGGACUUGACGCUAUGUAUCGGAGGUGACAAUGUACCGCGAAAACUAUCUGUUAUCCCACACAUUGUUAUCGGCACACCGGCGGGCAUUUCAAAUAUGAUUGCGUGUAAUUCGUUAAGCACUCAGUUUAUAAGCACGGUUAUGAUGUAUCAGAUAGACGAAAUGUUGCCAUAUUAUGUUGUUAUUGAAGAGGUUAUGCAAAAACUCAAGGUGAUAAAAAAACAAAUCACUUUGUUGGCUUCAGACAAAGUAGAUCAAAUAAUGGAUGUGUCCGUCGUUUUCUUACAAGACCCGUUAAUUUUUCUUAACGAAGAUGAGAGGAAAGAAGAAAAAAUAGCUGGCCUAUUACCUAAUCAAUUUAUCAUGGGUGUAUUGGAGGAGUUUAAAUUUUCUGUCGUUUGUGGAAUAAUAUGUAAUGAGUUGGAACGAGAAUCGGUCAUAAUAUAUUGUAAUACCUUUGACAAAGCCCAAUGGAUGUAUGAAAAUAUGCUGAAAAUAGGUCUGACUGUAUCUACUUUUGAUUUAAAAAUGAACGAAUAUGAGCGCAAUAAAAAACUUACACGCUAUUUAAAACGUCAACUACGUGUACUCAUUGUUGCUGAUCCAAUAAAAAGCAUUUGUUUUCCAAAAAUGUUGCCCAGAAACAUUGUAAUAAACUAUGAAUUGCCUGCCGACCCGAGAGUUUACACCAAUAGAAUAAUCAAUUUUACAACCGUAAUAAAUUUCAUUGGCGAGAAUGACGAAACGGCAAAAAUGACUAUUGACAAAUAUUGUAAAAGCCUGAUGAGACCGAUGCCUUUGGACUUGACAGAAAUAUUUAAUAUGAAUGUUAAUGAGACGAAGAAUGGACCGUCAAGCGAAACCAAUGAGUAUUCUGGCCCACCCGGCAUGGAUGUUGGCGGCACAAUCGAAUCAGAUUGGAAGGAGGUCGUGGAUAAUUUCGAUGAGAUGAAUUUAAAAGAAGAACUAUUGCGCGGUAUCUACGGUUAUGGUUUCGAAAAGCCUUCAGCUAUCCAGCAACGCGCCAUUUUACCGUGCAUCAAGGGACAUGAUGUCAUUGCCCAGGCCCAAUCUGGUACUGGUAAGACUGCAACAUUCUCGAUUUCCAUUUUGCAACAGAUCGACACUAACUUGAACGAGUGCCAGGCACUCAUUUUGGCACCCACCCGUGAAUUGGCCCAGCAAAUCCAAAAGGUGGUUAUUGCUUUGGGAGAUUUCAUGAAGGCAGACUGUCAUGCCUGCAUUGGUGGAACUAACGUCCGUGAUGACAUGCGUAAGCUGGAUACCGGAUCCCACGUUGUAGUUGGCACGCCCGGUCGUGUUUACGACAUGAUCGCCAGGAAGUCUCUACGCACACAGUUCAUCAAGAUCUUUGUGUUGGACGAAGCAGACGAAAUGUUGUCUCGUGGUUUCAAAGAUCAGAUCAAAGAGGUCUUCAAGUUCCUCGAAGAGGAUAUCCAGGUGAUUUUGCUGUCUGCUACCAUGCCUGAAGAUGUCUUGGAAGUUAGUACACAUUUCAUGCGUAAUCCAGUACGUAUUUUGGUGCAAAAGGAGGAACUAACAUUGGAAGGUAUUAAACAGUUCUAUAUCAAUGUAACAAAAGAAGAAUGGAAAUUUGACACAUUAUGCGACUUGUACGAUACGCUUAGCAUCACCCAGGCUGUGAUAUUUUGUAACACGCGCCGCAAGGUGGAAUGGUUGACAGAAAACAUGCGUCUGAAAACAUUUACUGUGUCUGCUAUGCACGGGGAAAUGGACCAGCGUCAGCGGGAGCUUAUCAUGCGUCAAUUCCGUUCUGGAUCAAGUCGUGUAUUAAUUACUACUGAUUUGUUAGCUCGAGGAAUCGAUGUACAGCAGGUAUCGUUGGUCAUCAACUAUGACUUGCCGUCCAAUCGCGAAAACUACAUACACAGAAUCGGUCGUUCAGGCCGUUUCGGUCGUAAGGGUGUUGCCAUUAAUUUCAUCACCGAAGACGACAAAAGGGCCAUGAAGGAUAUUGAAUCGUUUUACAACACUCACGUGCUUGAGAUGCCACAGAAUGUGGCCGAUCUGCUGUAGACAUGCUUCGUAUCUCGAUCGCCUAGCUUCGGCCGCCACUCCGCCCUCGACCGGUUUCAACGUCUUCUCGUCUAGAUCUAAAACCAGAAACUACCUACUACAACACGUCUGCGACUACAUCCGACUAAAAUUAAAAAGUAAAAUAAUAUUAAUUUUUUUCUAAAUUCUUAAUUUUUUUUUUUU